GUCGUCGCCGUGCGCAACAACUGCUUCCAGGUGCGCCGCGGCGAGUGCUUCGGGCUGCUGGGCGCCAACGGCGCGGGCAAGUCGACGACGCUGAACAUGAUCAUCCGCCACACGGUGCCGUCGGCCGGGGACGCGCGGAUCAUGGGCCACUCCGUGCUCGACGACUUCGACGCGGCCGCGAAGCAUCUCGGCGUCGUCGACCAGCACAACACGCUCUGGGACUCGCUGAGCGCCCAGGACCACCUGGAGCUCUUCGCCAUGCUCCGGGGCUGCCCGCGCGGCGAGGCGCGCGCGCUCGUCGACGCGUGUCUGGAAGACUUGGAGCUGAAGCCGCACGCGGCGAAGCUGAGCUGCGAUCUGAGCGGCGGCAUGAAGCGGAAGCUAUGCUGCGCCAUCGCGUUGAUCGGCGACCCGGCCUGCGUGCUCCUCGACGAGCCGUCCGCGGGCCUCGACCCCGUCGCGCGGCGGAACCUGUGGAACGUGCUGGGCGCGACGAUGUCCGCGCGGGGCGUCGUGCUGACGUCGCACCUCAUGGACGAGGUCACGGUGCUCUGCGACCGCAUCUCGAUCAUGACCAAGGGCACGAUGCGCUGUUUAGGGACGCCCCAGCAUUUGGUGGACGCGUACGGGCGCCACUACGAGCUCACCUUAGUCCACACGCUCGACGCGGACCCCGCGAAGCUCGACGAGUUCGUUCACGCGUCCUUUUCCAAGCGGAGCUCGCUCGACAGCGUCAUGCAGAACCGGCGGACCUACCUCAUCGACCGCGACGCCGUCGACGUCGCGAGCGCGUUCCGGUCCCUGGAGAAGCGGAAGAAGGCGCUCGGCGUCGACGAGUACAUGUUCAAUCAGCCGUCGCUGGAGCAGGUCUUCCUGAAGUUCGCC